ACUACAUGACCGACUACACUGGGUUUAUUCUGCACAUUAAAAUGACCCGGGUCAAAAACUCUCGCGCCCUUUAGGCUAUCAUUAAGUUUCUUUAGCGGGUGAAUUAUUUUUCGCCCGCGAACAGGAAAAAGGAGGUUCUGAAGAAGUAGUUCGUGGAGUAUAUUCGCCGCCGCUGCUGUUGCCAGUUUCCUCCGAGGAAAGGACGGAAUCAGCAGAGAAAGACCGGCGAAGAGAAGAAGUUUGUGCAAGAUGCAAGGGGUUUCAGCCACUGACCUUCCUGCCUCCUCUCUGCAGUACCAGUGCGGCUCAGUGGACUAUCUCUGUUCUCCACGCCUGGUGAAGAAAAUCCCCACCCCCAGACAAUGUCACGACAGGCCCGCCAUCAAACCCCGACCCCAAUCCUCCACCUCACCAAGACCUCCGACCGCUCAGAAACCUCAAGUGCCCCCUAAACCUACGCACCUGCUCGCCCUCGGGCAAGAUAAGAAACCGAAGAGGAUCCCUCCUGCACCCUCAAGACCUCUGCCAGCUCCCCCUCCUCCGCCUAAGCCAAAGCCUGGCGUGACACCUCCUGGCCUGGGUGCACAGCAGAGAGAGGCCCAGAAGGUGGGGCUGCUCAUCGAGAGGUUUGAAAAUUCAAAGGUGCCGAUCCUGGGGGUGCUCCCACGCUCCCAGCUGCAUCUGUGUCUGAGAAUGGAUACUGCGUCUGACAUCACUUCCUGCAGCCAGGACACGAACGCGGCGAAGGUUGCAGGAGACUCCUCCCCUGUGGACAAACUUGCACUUGGCACCUCAGAGCGGACUGACGAGGUGUCAGAACUUUCUCGUCCCACCUCUGCGCUCCUUGACAGCUCAGACGAAGCGCGGUUGGACAGCUGUGCCGAGGAUGACAUCAUGCACGACGGUGUUAGUUGCCUUGACAUCGUGGAGCAGGAGGAGGGCUCCUCCCAUGAGCUCCUGGACAAUCCGGACUCAUCUGAGCAAAACGGAAAGAUUCCAAACCGGGACAGUGGCAUUGAUAGCCCAUCCUGCACCGCUGAGGGGGAGGUGUUCCCCAAUGAGGAUGCCAUCGAUGAGGAGGAUCAUUACGACAGCGUCACAGAGACAGAAAGUGUGUCCUGCUGUGUUACCCUUGGCAACAAGAGAGACUCAACGCAGGAUGAAGACAGUGACUUAGAUGAGGGGAGCAGUGGAGAGAUACACUCUCUGACAGACACACAGGCUGGCUAUCUGACAGAUGCACACUCAGAGGCGCAUAAAUGCUCAGAGGCUCAGAAGCUCCUCAACAUCGCCAAAGAGCUCCUCCACACUGAAGAGGCCUACGUGAAAAGACUCAACCUCCUCGACCAGGUAUUUUGCACUAAGCUCACAGAAGCUGGAAUCCCUCAGGACGUCAUUACAGGGAUCUUCUCCAACAUCUCCUCCAUCUACUGCUUCCAUGACAAGUUCCUGCUCCCUGAGCUCAAAACACGAAUAACUGGAGAAUGGGACUCGACCCCUCGUAUCGGAGACAUCCUCCAGAAACUGGCUCCAUUUAUGAAGAUGUACGGAGAAUAUGUGAAGAACUUUGACAGAGCCAUGGACUUGGUCAACACCUGGACCCAGAGAUCAUCACAGUUCAAGAGUGUUGUCCAGAAUAUACAGAAACAGGACGUGUGUGGGAACCUGACGUUGCAACACCACAUGCUGGAGCCGGUCCAGAGGAUUCCUCGCUACGAGCUGUUGCUCAAAGACUACCUGAAGAAGCUACCUGAAGAUGCUCUGGACCGAAAAGACGCAGAGAAGGCACUGGAGCUGAUCUCUACAGCAGCUAACCAUUCAAAUGCAGCAAUCAGGAAAAUGGAGAAGAUGCACAAGCUGCUGGAGGUUUAUGAGAGGCUUGGAGGAGAAGAAGACAUCGUAAACCCAGCCAAUGAGCUCAUCAAAGAAGGACAUAUCAAGAAGAUGUCAGCCAAAAAUGGAACAGCACAAGACAGAUACCUCUACUUGUUCAACAAUAUGUUGCUAUACUGCGUGCCUAAACUCAGACUGAUGGGACAGAAGUUCAGUGUCAGAGAGAGGAUCGACAUCGCUGGCAUGGAGGUGCAGGAAAAUGUGAAGCAGAACCUUCCUCAUACGUUUGCCAUCACUGGAAAGCAGCGUUCACUUGAGCUGCAGGCCAGGACUGCUGAGGAGAAGGAAGACUGGAUACAGGUGAUCCUGGCCACCAUUGAACGGCACAAACAAAACAGUGAAACCUUCAACAAAGCUUUCAACAGCUCCUUCUCCCGGGAAGAUGACCACGUCCCUGAGUCACCGGGUCCCUGGUGCAACACAUCUAUCGACUCAGAUGGUGAAAGACUGCAUGAAAGGAAAAGUUCUAGGAAAAAGGACAAAGAGAAGCAAACGUGUAAGGGCUGCAACGAGACGUUCAACUUCACCAAACGCAAACACCACUGCAAGUCCUGUGGAGCGGCCAUCUGUGCAAAGUGUUCGAAGACCUUGGACAACAAAACGAGCCGAGUGUGUCCGGAGUGUUUCGAAGCCAGUCUCAGCCUAGAGAAUCUGGGUGUUGGUGAACAGAAGAGGAAAGCUCUGCCGGAGAGACAGACUUCUCUGAUGGGGGAGAACUGUCUAAUAUGUGGCCACCUUCAAGUUCAGGAGAAAGGGAAGAGCUGGACCAAGAUGUGGGUGGCUGUCACUAAGACCGAGCCGCUGGUGCUCUACAUACAGAGCAAUGGACAGGAGUCCAAGGGUGCGCGGGCAGUUCCUCUCCCUGGAUUCGAGGUGGCCGCGGCUUCAUCAUCAGCAGGCGACAAAUCGGAGUUGAAACACGCAGUGCGGCUCAGUCACACUCAGCAAACUUUGCUCCUAAGUGCCCAGGAUGCAGAACUUCAGGCAAAGUGGUUGGAUGUGCUCUUUAAAGCCGCCCGCGGAGAGACGCCCACAGAGGCAUCGAACAGCCUGACUGAACACAGGAAGAGCCAGUAGUGGCCAUAUUGGCGCAGCAGGAACUCCCUCCCUCCCCCUUCCUCCCUACUCUCUCCUGUGUAUAGAGCACACAUUACUUGAAUUCACUUUACCUUGGCACUUUUUUGUUUUGUUUUGUAUUUCCCCCCUUCCAAAGGACCACUCAAUCCUCCCUAUGCCACUUCAGUCUUCAUCAUGACCACACAGAUACUUCUUCCUCUUCAUUUCUAUCUUUCUGUCUCUCUCAAACACACAAAAACAGAACUUUCCUGUUAAACCAUCGUUGUUUGUGUGGUAAGGAUGAUUUUAUGACUCUCAGUGUUUCAGCAGCCAGAGAGGACUAAAUGUUUUAUUUGUAAUAUAGCUAAAGAAGUUUUUUUUUAAAAGAUGAAGUUUCUUGUACAUUAUGAGACCGUGUUGUGAAGCAUUAAAUCUAAUGUGUCCAUUUUCCCAUUGGUGUGAGAGUGAGUAUGUAUGUUUGAGCGUGAGUUCCCUCCUGUGUUUAUUAAGUAUUGAAUGUUAGUGUAAGUAAAAACCUGCGCCGUCUCUCUGUUCUCCUCCCUCCUGUUGGGAACACAGUGGCAGUUCGAUGGGUAUUGUACAGUAUGUAUACUAUAGUGCGAUGUAAGGAAAAAAAAGACAUUUUAACUUAAAAAGACACAGAGAUGUGUACGCUUGUGGCUGGCCACCUGAUGCUCCCACUGUCAGCUCCUCUUUAUUGGUAAUAACUCCUCCAUCUUCAUCUUUAGAUCUCUAAUCUCAGACUGAUCCAGCACAUUUCCUCUCUUUCAUUAUUGUGAUUAGUCCACAGCCAGGGUGGCAUCACGUGGCAUCAACUCUUACCCCAGGUUCAGUCACUCAAUAUCUCAACUUGUACACAGGCUGAAUAAAUCCCUUCUAUGUUAUUCUCUCUCUCUCUAUUUCUGCAUAGCAACCAUUUCCCUGCUUCCCUGCCCAUGGUGAUGUGAUGGAAACCAAGUACUGUACUGUAAAACUGUUUAUUCUGCCUUGCCCCCCGUGCCCUGCUCCUAUCAGCACCAGCCUUUAAGCAAACGUAGCAAAAAAAGAAAAACAAUAAUAACUGUCAUUGGAUCUCUUUGUGCAUGUAAACUCUUUCAUAUUUAUGUACCGUGCUAUGAAAUCUUUGCCCCCUGUCCCUCUUUUUUAUGCUCCAGGAUUCAUUCUCGUUUUACUGUAAGUGAGCAAAGUCAGCAGUGAGUGUUUUUUAAGACAUGGAUUGUGCACAGUGGAAAAGCAGUCGAGCAUAUCAUCAAUAAAACAGAUGUUGUGAUCAUACAGUACCAUGCUGUUUAACAAGA